AUGGAACAGAGAACAAAAGAGUUGGAAUUGAUAUUGAAUGAGUUCUUCACCUUGGACGCAGGACAUCCAAAGCGAAAGGAGAUGGACACAUUCCUUAUGAGUUACAAAUCACAGAAGGAUUCAUACGAGCAUGUUAAACAUUAUAUGACACACUCUAGCAAUCAAUAUGUAUACUGGUUCGCUCUGUCCAUCGUCGAGGACAAGGUCAUCAGAUCAUGGUCUUCAAUAUCAAGUCAAGGGCAGAACGACAUUAAAGGAUUCCUCUUUGAUCUAUACAUAAACAAUAAGACACUGCCUCCAUUCGUAUUCAAGAAGCUUGGACAGGUUAUAGUGGAUAUUGGAAGGAUAGACUUUAAUCAGAACUCACAGGAAUAUAUGAUGAAUAUUAUGUCAUUGGUUAGGAAUCCAGCAAUGGGCGUAAAGGGUGUCAAUCUAUUGCAGUAUAUAUCGGAGGAGUUCAUCACCUCCAAAGAGGUGUUGACACAGCAGAAGAAGGACAGUCUUAAACGACUACUACUGGAACAUGUACCGGCCAUCCUCGACGUGCUGACCAAAUACCUCGAUCAACUAUUCGAUCAGAACGCACUCAAAAAGUCCAAGACUGACGUUGGUCUGCCCUUCCAAGUCGGCUCACCCGACACCAACACCUACUCAUUCAACAUCAGUCAAGAGGCCAGGAAUCUGACCAAAGCAGUCUUUGAUGCACUACUUUGUUACUUCUCUUGGAUACCUUUGAAUGAACUGUUGACACCAUCAUUGUUGGAGAUGUUGUUCAAGUAUAUUAGGAUCGAGCGAAGUAGUAUUCAGGCAUUGACAUGCUUGAAUGAGAUACUGUCCAAGAACUGCGUGCCCAAGGAGUUUGAGCAGUUCCUGCUGCGCAUCUUCCAUCAGAUCUUCUCGUUGAUGACCGAUAUCACGACGGGCAAUGGCAUCGCAGCGUACAGCGGCGAGUUCAUCGAGAAGUUCACGCAGUUCAUCUCACUGUUUGUUGCCAACCACUUGAAGCGCGUGGAGAACAACCCCAGCUUCCACAUCACCAACUUCCUCGGCCUGCUGUUCCAGUACACGUUCAUCCAACAGUCGGUCGAGGCGUUCGACCUGUGUCUAGAUAUCUGGAUGAUGUUCCUCGACUGUCUGCUGACCAACGGUCGCGAGCAGUCGCUGCCCGGCUCCAGCAAGUACACCGACGGUCUGAUCAUGUUGCAGUCGGAGCUUGUCAAGCGUGUGCUCAACGCCUACAACAGUCAACUGGCGCAGCUGGACGACUGUGAAGAGGUUGACAACGAGAUGGAGCCCAUCGCCUCCCAACACGACCUAUUCAUUCGCGACUGCAUCGAGAUCAUAGUCAAGAUCACAGAGAUAUAUCCAAACAAAGGAUUGGAGAACCUUUAUCCAUUGUUUGCACAGAAUGUAACGACCUUCUUUGGAAAGCUUGAGGAGCUGAUACAGAAUAGGACGAUCGAUCAGAAUGAUAGCAAACUGCGUACAUCCAACUACAUCUAUCAAAAGCUGAUCGACAUGUGUGCUUUCUCAUCCAUCAACGCCACAUUCCGAUUCGGUAGUGAAUGGGAGAAGUUACAAGUACAGAUACUAAACACAUUGAGAUCAUUCAGUUAUUGGCUUGGAGAGUAUGGUAACCAGGUUAGAGCAUCACCAGCGCAGCAACAGGAGUUUGACACAAUUGUACAGAAGUUGAUCAGCACAUUGGUUCAGAUGUUUGAUCGCACAGUGCCAGAGAAGGUGGCUACGGCAUCUGGACGACUGAUGAUGUCGCUGGCCAUCACCACCAAGCCCCUCAACCUGUUUGCUCAGAUGGAUGGCAUCAUUUGCAACAUACACAACAUAUGCACGCCGCUGCCUGUGUCGGUACAGUGCGUCGUGUACUCGGCCGUCUGCAACGCCAUCCUCAACCCGCCCUCCAACGUCAAUCUCAGCACACAGUUUGACUCGAGACGACCCAAGUGCUCGCCAUUCAUUAAGGGCAUCACUGGCCCCUAUCUGGAGAUCCCCCAGAUACCCGGUCUCGUGGAGAACAAGAUCUUUAUGAAGGAUGAAGUCAUACAGCGUGUGCAGCGCGUACUCAAGAUACUGACGGCGGUCAUCAAGUCUGUUCCCGACUCUAACCUUGCCAAAGGUAUCCUUCACGAUGCUAUCCAAGACACACUUGGCGUCACUCUUGGUCUAUUCCGCAUCUACGUCAACAAGCCAGACAUACUCGAGUCCAUCCUCGACUUCUUCUUCACACUCUUUGAGUCCCUCAAGUCCAAAGUUGGAGUAGCAUUCACUCAACAAACAAUCUCGACAUUCCUCGAGAUACUUGGAGGCAACAAUAUUAAGAACCUGCUGGGAUCGGGAUCAAACGAGACUGGCAACGUUAUUAUUAAGAAACUGAUUGAGAUAUUGACAUUCGUCAUUCAGACCUAUGGUCAUUCAUUUGACACAUUGCUCUCGUCAAUCAUUCAGUUCUCAAUGGAGCACAUCUACCCUGUGAUCAUCAACUCUACCAAUGUGCUCCGUCCACUUUUCUUCACACUCCUCUACUCCAUCCUUGACAAUCAUUGGAAACACUUCUUCCCCUCAUCCACCUCAUCCUCCUCCUCCUCUUCCUCCUCCUCAUCCACCAAUGCGCUGAUGUUCGGUAACACUAGCAACAGUAAUGGCAUUGUAGUUGUGGCAAAUGGAAAUGGCAAUGUCAAUGGCAAUGGACAUGUUAAUGGACAUCAUGACAGUGCAGCAUCACAGAGACAACUCGAGUCGAUCAUGAUGGCAUUCCAGACGACAUUCCAACAGAACGAUGUAAAUUUAUUCAAGCAGAACCUGGACUACUUUGACAAACUCAAUGCCAAGUAUAAGCUCUACGAGCGUAUCACAAUGCAAGAGAAGGUCUUUGGCUGCUCGUUCGUUGCCGUCUUCUUUGACAUCCUCCUCUCCAAGUCACACAGUGUCCAUUCCGAGGAAAUCAUCAACACCAUAUAUAACUUUGCUUCCGUUGACUUUAAUCGAUUCUUCAAUGAUUUCUUCAACACAUAUCUCAAUCAGAAGAAUAUAAAUGAUGAGCAUAAACGAUCGAUUAGGACCAACUUCACAGCGGACAGGGACCAGCCAACAUUCAACAAGAACAUGAACCAGUUCGUCAAUGAUGUUUCCUUCUACACCUAUGUCAGCUCCUAA